CGCUGCGAUGCCUACAACUGCGGCUCAGACUCACUGCGCAUAGUCAGGCAUAUCUGAUCCGUCUCGUUCCAUCCAAUCAAAUUCAUCAGUGGGUGCCCCUCUCGACUUGGCCAAGGCCACCAGCUUCGUCAUUCACUCGGCGCCAAUGAAGGAGCGACAACGAUCAGAAGCCACCCUCAACGAAGCAGAUUCUCAUCGGGUGUUUUCAUCGGCUGUCUUUGACGACAUUUCCCGCAUAUCGGCCUCUGAGGAUGUAUCAUUCGAUGACCCCGGCCCGUUGCACCUGUUCAGGACUGCCAAUGCCGUCGAUGGCGAUGCGCCGCCUGUCGAUGGGCUUGAUGUGGACAUGCUCGGCGACCUCAACGACUCACCCGCAAAGGAUGACAUUCAAGCGAGUGACUCGGCUAAACGUGCCAUUCUCGACGACUCGAUCUUUUUGGAUGGGCCUGACGACGAGCCCAGUUUCCUGACCAAACCCAGGGCUGUUCUGCCACCGUCGACGCCGCAGAAGCAGAGUGAUGUGCUCUCAGGGCCAAUGAUGCCUCCGUCGCUUCAUGGUAUCGCCUCGGUGCCGGCCCACAUGCUGAGCCCUUGCUCUCUGUUCCGUUCGAGAAGCGCUGAUGUUGGCACCCUGGAAGGAACAGAUCGUAAGCAAGGGCCGUACUUCUGGACCCCGAAACGCAAUCCGGCAGGCGAGCUCGUUUUUGACUCGGACCCGGACACGCCCAAGGCCGUUGACGUGAUGAUUACCCCCAAGGGCUCGCGCAUCGCCAAGACCCUCGUGAUGCUCUCUCCCACGGGCACAACCCACUAUCAGCGAGCCCCCUCUGAGCCGGCAGAGGCUCUCACGAUCGAGUCGGUCAAGGUGUAUCCCCUUCCGGCAGCUCUCGUCAACCCCUCUCAAGCCCGCUCGGCCCCGGCGAACCCUCUCCCAGUCGUCCCCUUCCAAGCAAGCCCACCCGUCGCUAGCCCUCGGCCGCCAAACAUUCCUUUGCCCAAUCCCGUUUCAGCCAGUCCCCGGGCCGUGAAUUCACCAGGCAUUCGCGCAACUCAUCUUGAUUCAGCUUUGCUGGCCUCCGUGCCGAAGGACCCUGCUCCAGCAGCUCAGAUGCCGCCCGAAUCUCCCCUAGCUCCAGCUUUCGCUCCAUCUCCCGCCCCAGUAGCCCCAGCAUCCGUCGUGACCCCUGUCCGGACCCCUGGCUCAGACACCGUCUGCGGAGGUUCCGAGACUGUGGUUGUUCUGCCGACCAAGUCGGUGUCCUCGCCGCCCACCAAAAUCAAGCUGCCUUUCGCCCACUCGCACAUCUCGCAUUUCUCGGGCCGGCCGGUUUCGGAGCAAAGCCUCGAAAUCCGCAAUGUCGAGAACAAGAAUGCGACCUUUAGCUUGCAUUGGGUUGGGCCAACCUACUUUGAGCCCGCGGGCUCAUCCAAGCGCCACACGCUGCCUCAGGCAAUCUUUGCGCUUUCUAUGGACCCCGACGUCGCCCACUCUGUCGCAAGCGACUCCUCGUGCGCGCUAUCCAUCUCGUUCAACCCGGUUCACGCUGGCAGCUACAAAGCCAAGCUACAGAUCAAAUGCGCCACCAAGGCCAUCACGAUAGACCUAGAAGCCGCUGUUACGCAAGAAGCCAAGAAGAAGAUGACCGGUACCCGACCAACGCCCGCCUUGCGGAUCUCGCCAACACCAACCAGUGCCAGCUCAGGCACCUUCGAGAGCCCCACCAGUCCCUCGGGCCCGUCCUCGCGAAACGCAUCGAUGACCUCGAUCCCACGGACGCCACGCACAAGCUCCUCGACCUCUCUUCGGUCGUCCACUGCUGGAGGCGCGCCCUCCGCCGAACGCAAGCCCAAAGGCGGUCCUACCUUCGAGGUACUCCACCCGCAGGGCAAGCGGAUGCUUGAAGAUGGACAGUCCCUCCGAAUCAACUUUGGCCAGCUACAGGCCAACAAGACCGCGACCCAGUGCCUCCAGAUCAACAACCUCUCGUCGGUGCGCGUUCCACUGGAGAUUGUGGUUGCUCCACCGCUGCGUGUCCAGUCCAAGCGCAUCGCCAUCGAGCCCAACGGCAGCUCGAUUGUCUUUGUGUGCUUUGAGCCCACGGCAGAAGGCAGCUUUAGCGACCAGAUUCUCAUCCGAAAGGGCAAGGAAGUCAUCCGGGUCCAGGUCGAGGGCAAGGUCGUAUACAAGAAGUCCAAGCAGUAGCUGUGCAGCCCUCGCUACGAACCCUCGCUACCACGGUAGAACCGCACUCGCAUCCGGUAUCUUUUUGGCUGAAUCUACUUUGAUUUGAGUUUCUCCAGCUCCGCUUCCGUGCUUGCAGAGCCCUCUUCUUGCCGUGGAACAUUGUCCGUAUAAGUCCUGUUUUUUUGCCUGC